AUGAUUCAUUGUGAUGUUUGGGGACCAUACCGUGUUCCAUCCUCUUGUGGGGCUGUUUAUUUUUUAACAAUUGUUGAUGAUUUUUCGAGAGCAGUGUGGACUUAUCUUUUACUCGAAAAAUCAGAGGUUCGAUGUGUUCUCACUAUUUUCUUGAAGUACACUGAACGACAGUUUGGAAGAACUGUUAAGACGGUAUGUAGCGACAAUGACACAAAGUUUAUGUGUCUUGCUCCCUAUUUUCGUGAAAAUGGUAUCAUUCAUCAAACAUCUUGUGUUGGGAUACCACAACAGAACAAUCGUGUUGAACGCAAUCAUCGCCAUAUCCUUAAUGUUGCUCGAGCUAUGUUAUUUCAAGCAAACCUACCAAUUAGGUUUUGGGGUGAAGCAGUUUUAACGGCUGCGUAUUUGAUAAAUUGCACUCCAUCUUCUAUUCAUUCUGGUUGUUCUCCAUACGAGGUUCUUCAUAACAGCAAGCCAGAUUAUGAUCAACUUCGUGUGUUUGGAUCAGCUUGUUAUGUUCAUCGUGUAACACAUGACGAGGACAAAUUUGGACAGCAUAGUAGGAUGUGUGUAUUUGUGGGUUAUCCUUUUGGUAAAAAGGGUUGGAAAGUUUUUGAUAUUGAGCGUAAUAAAUUUUUGGUGUCACGAGAUAUUGUUUUUAAAGAGAACAUAUUUCCUUUUGCAACACCACACGUCCCUCCUCUGGUGUAUGUGUCUCCUUCGGUGGUUCUUGGUGAUGAUAAUUGGUUGUUUCCGACUUCGUUAGCCAGGGGGAGUUUCCUUGAAACUCCUUCCAUUGAUCCAGAUAACGAACAAGGAGAAGCUUUACCUGUUGAUGGUCUUGGUUCUACAGCGCCAUCAGUUUCUUCUAUUAUUAAUACUACAGUUGGUGUUUCCUCUAUUCCAACAAAACAUGUCCAUGGUUCUGCGGCUACUACGACUCCUUUACCGACUGCAGUUUUAUCUCCUGCAGUAUUUGUUUCUCCAACGAGUUCUCAUUCUGACUCUGUUUCUGCUCCUACCUUUGUUUCGGCGAUUGUUCCUGUUGUACAGUUGGUCCCUGUUUCUCCACCAAAACAACGUAAAAGUACACGUACUACUCAGCCCUCUGUGAGGUUACAAGAUUAUGUACUCUAUAAUGCUACAUACACACCAUCGACAAAUCGCGCUCUUCCCGCCUCACCAACACAGUAUUCGACAUCGGUCCAAGGUACGUCACCAUAUCCUAUCACAUAUUUUGUGUAUGAUGCAAAAUUUUCUCCAAGUCAUCGUGCUUACUUGGCUGUUAUCACUGCUAAUACGGAGCCUAAGAGUUUUAAGGAGGCUGUUAAAAUAAAUGUUUAG